AAAGCAGGCGGGCGUGGCGGCAGGAGGGCGUGGCGGGCGUGCAGCCCCCUGCUCGGCCCAGCUCCCCGCGGAGCCCCCCCAGCUCGCAGCGGGGCACGACCUGCCCGGCCCAGAGACCUGGGGCCCCGUUUGCGGGGCCUGGGCUACGGGGAAGCCGCGGGGCCGCGGGAGGUUUGCAGCCGCCUGCCUGCCUGCCUGCGGGAGCUGCGUGUGCUCUGGCUGGAGCCCCAGCGCCGCAGCAAGGAGCAGGUCGCGGUGAGGGUGAAGGGCGAGGAGGGGCCCUCCGACGAGAUGCAGCCCCCGGGGGCCCUGCAGGACCCUGGUGAUCCCCGGCGGGAGCAGCCCAGCACCCGUGGUGCGGACAGGCCUCUGGACCAGCCACCUCCCGGCCCCAGAGACGAGCCCCUGCCCCCCCAGCAACCAGGUGCUGGGACCCUGCAGAGAGCUGAGCAGCAGCCUGCUGAGGAGGGGCCGGUGAUCCUGGAGCUGCAGAGGACGUGCGCAGGGAGCCUGGAGGAGAGGAGCUCUCUGACCCCUGAGCCAGGCCAAGUGCAGAAGGGGCAGGGCAGGCCUCCAAAGCAGGAGGAGAGCUCGGAGCUCCGGGAGGUGUUUGAGGACGUUGCUGUGUAUUUCACGCGGAAGGAGUGGGAGCUGCUGGACGAUGAAGACAAGGUGCUUUACCAGGAGCAGAUGCUGAAGAAUUACCAAGCCCUCGUUUCCCUGGGCUAUCGAGGUCCCACACCUGACUUAAUCUGCAGCAUCCAGCAAGGACGGGUGGAUCUUUGGACCUGUGCUGAUGAGGACUGUGGUGAAAUGUCAAGAUGGGAGGACCUGGUGCCAGGAGGUGCCUGGCUGCUGAGCAGAGCUGAGGAGCAGCCUCCUGUGGAAGAAUCUGCAGACAUGGAGCCAGCGCAGACUUCCCCAGGGAGUUUGGGUGAGAUGGACUCCCUGAGACCUGAGAAGGAGCGAUGCUACGAGAUUCAGGGGAGGCCCCAGAAGCAGAAGGAGAAGGUGGCCAUGAGCCAGGACCGGUACAUCCCCCGAGGGAGGAUCACUCACCACUGCACUAAGUGCCGGAAGAAUUUCAUCUGCUUGCGAGACCUGUCCCAGCAUGCGUGUGUGAGGAAGCACUGCACCAAGCGUGGGAAGAGAUUCAGGCAGCUCUCCAACUUGGUGAGGCACUGGUGCAUGGAAAAAAAGGAGAAGCCACAUCAGUGUUCAGAGUGUGGUAAGACCUUAACUCACUCAUCCAGUCUAGCUAGGCAUCAGCGUAUCCACACAGGGGAGAAACCCCAUCAGUGCUCAGAGUGUGGGAAGAGAUUGACUUGCUCCUCCAGCCUGACUCAGCACCAGCGUGUCCACAAAGGGGAGAAGCCACAUCGGUGCUCACAGUGUGGGAAGAGCUUCACUCUCUUCUCCACCCUGGCUCUGCACCGGUGUAUCCACUCAGGGGAGAAGCCACAUCAGUGCUUACAGUGUGGGAAGAGCUUCACUCAGGCGCCCCAACUGGCUUGGCACCAGCGUAUCCACACAGGGGAGAAGUCACAUCAGGGUUCAGAGUGUAGGAAGAGAUUCACUCGCUUCUCCAGCCUGACUCAGCACCAGCGUAUCCACACAGGGGAGAAGCCACGUCAGUGCUCAGAUUCUGGUAAGAGUUUCACUCAGUCCUCCAGCCUGACUCUGAACCGGCGUAUUCACAGAGGGGAGAAGCCACAUCGGUGCUCACAGUGUGGGAAGAGCUUCACUCUCUUCUCCACCCUGGCUCAGCACCAGCGUAUCCACUCAGGGGAGAAGCCACAUCAGUGCUCACAGUGUGGGAAGACAUUCACUCGGCUGUCCCACCUGGCUCAGCACCAGCGUAUCCACUCAGGGGAGAAGCCACAUCAGUGCUCGCAGUGUGGGAAGACAUUCACUUGGUCGUCCAACCUGGCUAAACACCAGCGUAUCCACGCAGGGGAGAAGUCCCAUCAGUGCUCAGAGUGUGGGAAGAGCUUCACACUUUCCUCCAGCCUAGCCCGGCACCAGCGUAUCCACACAGGGGAGAAGCCAUAUCAGUGCUCGGAGUGUGGCAAAAGCUUCACUCAGUCCUCCAGCCUGGCUCAGCACCAGCGUAUCCACGCAGGGGAGAAGCCAUAUCAGUGCUCAGAGUGUGGGAAGAGCUUCACUGUCUCCUCCCACCUGGCUCGGCACCAGCGUAUCCACACAGGGGAGAAGCCACAUCAGUGCUCAGAGUGUGGGAAGAGCUUCACUCGCUCCUCCACCCUGGCCCAGCACCAGCGUAUUCACACAGGGGAGAAGCCACAUCAGUGCUCAGAGUGUGGGAAGAGCUUCACUCGCUCCUCCACCCUGGCCCAGCACCAGCGUAUCCACACAGGGGAGAAGCCAUAUCAGUGCUCAGACUGUGGGAAGAGCUUCAUUCAAUCCUCCACCCUGGCUGAACACCAGCGUAUCCACACAGGGGAGAAACCCCAUCAGUGCUCAGAGUGUGGGAAGAGCUUCACUCAGGCCUCCCACCUGGCUCAGCACCAGCGUAUCCACACAGGGGAGAAGCCACAUCAGUGCUCGGAGUGUGGGAAGAGCUUCAGUGUCUCCUCCUCUCUGGCUGACCACCAGCGUAUCCACACAGGGGAGAAGCCACAUCAGUGCUCGGAGUGUGGGAAGAGCUUCACUGUCUCCUCCCACCUGGCUCGGCACCAGCGUAUCCACUCAGGGAAGAAGCCCCAUCAGUGCUCAAAGUGUGGGAAGAGCUUCACUCAGUCCUCCACCCUGGCUGAACACCAGCGUAUCCACACAGGGGAGAAGCCCCAUCAGUGCUCAGAGUGUGGGAAGAGCUUCACUCAGGCCUCCCACCUGGCUCAACACCAGCGUAUCCACACUGGGGAGAAGCCACAUCAGUGCUCGGAGUGUGGGAAGAGCUUCACUGUCUCCUCCUACCUGGCUCGGCACCAGCGUAUCCACACAGGGGAGAAGCCACAUCAAUGCUUGGAGUGUGGGAAGAGCUUCACUGUCUCCUCCUACCUGGCUCGGCACCAGCGUAUCCACUCUGGGGAGAAGCCCCAUCAGUGCUCAGAGUGUGGGAAGAGCUUCACUGUCUUCUCCACCCUGGCUCUGCACCGGCGUAUCCACUCAGGGGAGAAGCCACAUCAGUGCUCACAGUGUGGGAAGACAUUCACUUGGUCGUCCAACCUGGCUAAACACCAGCGUACCCACACAGGGGAGAACCCACAUUAGUGCUCUGAGUGUGGGAAGAGCUUCACUCUCUCCUCCAUCCUGGCUACGAACCAGUGUUUCCACAGAAGGGUGAAGCCAACUUCAUCACAACUGAAGACCACCAGGUGCCAACUGCACUUUCUGCCCUCCUUCCCUCCAUGCCAUUCUCUAGAGCAGCUUCCUUUGUAAUCAAGCCCAGCAAUUUAAUACGAUCCCCCUGUGGUGGAUCUCUACAUCCUCUCAAGACCUAUGAAAUGCGAUAAUAGAGGUAAAGGAGGUGCAGGCUGUGACAUGUCCUGCCCCUUGUGUGGAAGGGCGGGAAAAGAAUGAAGGCAUCCUCUGGGUAAAAUGCAUCAUGUUGUAAUCUCCCUUUGGUAAUACUGAGGCUUCCCUCCUUGAGGCUGAACAGGUUCAGGUCCUUCAGUCUCUCCACGUAGGGCCUGUCCUGCUGCCCUCUCACCAAGCGGGUGGCCCUCCUCUGAUCCCUCUCCAGGCUGGCCACAUCUCUUUUGAAGUGCGGCUCCCAGUACUGGACACAGUACUCCAAAUGCAGCCUGACCAAAGUCGCAUAGAGUUUGAGCAUCAGCUCUCUGGACCGGCUUGAGAUGCACCUUUGGAUGCAUGACAAGGUGUGGCUGGCCUUGCUGGCUGUGGUCUGGCAUUGGCGGCUCAUGUUCAUCUUGGAGUCAAUAAUGAUUCCAAGAUCCCUUUCCGCCUCUGUGCUUUCAAGGGGAGAACUCCCCAGUCUUUAUGUAUGCUGUGGAUUCUUUCUCCCCAGGUGCAGCACCCUGCAUUUGUCUGCGUUGAACCCCGGCCUAUUCUCAUCUGCCCACUUUUGUAGUCUGUCUGAAUCUAGAUGCAGCCUCUCUCUCCCUUCAAGUGUGUCCACCUUGCCCCACAUCUUAGUGUCAUCAGCAAACUUGGACAGCGUGCUUUCCACCCGCUCGUCCAAGUCGCAGAUGAAGCUCUAGCAUAUCCACACAGCCUCUCUCUCCCUUUCAGUGUGUCCACCUCGCCCCACAACUUAGUGUCCCACACCCUCAUCCAAGUCGCGGAUGAAGAUGUGAAAUAGUGCGGGCCCGAGGACCAAGCCCUGGGGGACCCCACUGCUCACAUCUCGCCAGGGUGAGGACAACCCAUCCACCACUACUCUGGGUGCGCCCCAUCAGCCAAUAUUUUACCCAUCCUACUGUGCAGGCAGUGAUGCCACAGUCACUUAAUUCAUUGAUGAGGAUGGGGUGAGAGACAGUGUCAAAGGCCUUUUUAAGGUGUAGAAAGACUAUGUCCACAGCGACACCAUCAUCCAAGGAUUUAGUUACUUGGUCGUAAAAGGCAAUCAGGUUGGUCUGGCAGGAACUGCCUUUGGUGAAGCCAUACUGAUUGCCCCCAAGCAUGAUCUCCCCUGCAGGCCUUCCACAGAUGUGCUUCUUGAUGAUCCCCUCCUAGAGCUUCCCAAGCACCGAGGUGAGGUUUACAGCCCUAUAGUUACUCGGGUCCUCCUUCCUCCCCUUCUUGAAAAUUGGGACCACAUUAGCCAGGUUCCAAUCCCCCGGCACCUGGCCAGAUGACCACGAAUGCUCAUCCAGCCAGGCCAAAGGGACCCCUGCCAGCUACCUCAACACCCUUUGGGUGGAGGGCAUGUGGACCUGCAGAUUUAAAAAUGUCUAGCCCUUCCAGAAGAUCCCUAACUACGUCUGCACUGACUGAAGGCUUGAUAGAGCUAUCCCCAAGGUUGUCCCUACCUCUGGUAGGUGGGAUAACCCGGUCCCUGUUCAAGAAAACAGAGGCAAAGAAACUGUUAAAAAUAUCAGCUUUCUCUUCCGGUGUGGCCACCAGAUUACCAUUUGCAUCUCGCAGGGGCCCUACAUUGCCUGGUGCCCUCUUCUUGCUCCCAAUGUACUUGAAAAAAGACUUUUUGUUGUCCUUAAUCCUGGAUGCUCGCCUGAGCUCCAUCUCUACCUUGGCCUUCCUAACAGCCCUCCUGCACCCCCGGGCUGAGGAGAAGUACUCCUCCUUGGUGACAGUUCCUCCCUUCCACUGGUUGUAUGCCCCGCAUUUAGUCCUCAGGCAUUGCUGAAUUCCCCUGCUGAGCCAAGGGGGUUUCUGAGCGCUCUUACCCCCUUGCUUCUCUCAGGGACUGUUAUCCUUUGGGCCUGGAGGAUCUUCCCCUUAAGGUACGCCCAUCCCUCAUGGGCUCCCAUCUCGUCUCCCUUUUAGGCCCUUAAUGGCUCCCCCACUAGUCUCCUAAGCUCAUUGAAGUUGUUUUCUCAUUUAGUCUGGAGAAAAGAAUACUGAGGGAGGCUUGAAUAGCAGCGUUCAACUCCCUGCAGGAGGGUUCAAAAGAGGAUGGAGCUGGGCUGUUCUCAGUGGUGGCAGAACCCAGAAGAAGGACCAACAGGCUCAAGUGGGAGCAAGGGAAGUUUAGGUUGAAUAUUUGAAGUAUUUUCUUACUAGAAGGGUAGUAAAAUACUGGGCUAGUGUACCCAGAAAGGUAAGUGGUGGAAGCUUUAUCCUUGGAAGUAUUCAAAAUCUGUCUAGACAAAGUUUUGUCUGGGAUGAUCUAGUUGGAAAUGGCCCCUCUUUGAGCAGGGGUUUGGACUAGAUGACCUCCUGAGGUACCUUCCAACCCUCAUUUUCUAUGGCUCUUUAUAGCAGAGCUUUCCAAACUUUUCAUGUUGGUGACACACUUUUUAGGCAUGCAUCAUUUCGCGACACAGUAAUUCAGUUCUGGGGGAGGGGAGAAGGGAAGCAGACGCGAGUAAGGGAGCUCCGCGGUGCCCUUCCGCAAAAUUUUCUGCAUUUCGCGCGACACACCUACAGACUGCCACCGACACACUAAUGUGUCGCGGAACACAGUUUGGAAAGCUCUGCUUUAUAGGAAUGCCUGUUCUAUACAUUUGGGUGUAUUGGUUAUAGCCCUGUUGGUCUUCCCUAGCAUAUAUUUGCAUUUUCAUAGACCUGCAUUUUGCAUAUUGUCUUAAGUUUCUAUUCCACUCAGGAGAGCCCACAAACACCAGCAUAAUCAUCCUGACUGAAGAAGGGUGUUUGUGCCCAAAAGCUCGUACAGAACUAUUAUUCCAAUGAUUUAGUUGAUCUAAUAAAAGAUCUCAAGUUUACCCCAAGAA